AAUCGGAAAUCGAACAAACUGUAACGAAUUUACAUUUAUCAGAUUUCUAUUUCCAUUUUUUAUUUUAAAGUUUUCGCGGUUAUAUCCCCAAAAAUUUCUUUCAUCUCUUCUUCGCUGCUUCUUCAUCUUCCAUAUUCGCUCCUUUCAUCUAAUCGAUCGCUGAAAAAUCCCAAACUCUGAUCUGUUCAUACCGAUCUCUCGCGUCUUCCUCAAUUUUACAUCCCUCGAAGCCGUGUCGAUGGCUUCAAAGUGAUUUUGGAUUCUUGUAGGUAAUAAUAGAGUUUAGCUAUGGCGCCUUCAAGAUCAAAGAAAUCUAAAUACAAGAAAACUUCCCGUGGUAAAGCUGUUUCUCCUCGCAAAGACGAAGAAAGUAUGAGCAAAGCCAAACAACGAAAGAGGAAGCUGUCGGAUAUGUUAGGUCCUCAGUGGAGCAAGGAAGAGUUAGAGCGCUUUUAUGAAGGAUACCGCAAAUUCGGAAAAGAAUGGAAAAAGGUGGCUGCAUUUGUACAUAGCCGUUCUGCAGAUAUGGUAGAGGCUCUAUACACUAUGAAUAAGGCUUACUUGUCUCUUCCAGAAGGCACUGCAUCUGUGGUUGGCCUAAAUGCGAUGAUGACUGAUCACUACUCUGUUCUGCAUGGAGGAAGUGACAGUGAGCAGGAAAGAAAUGAAGGUAUUAAAACUCUGAGGUCAGCCCCUAAGCGCUCUAGAGUGAAAUCCUCAGAUCAUCCCUCUAUAGGAUUAGAGGGUCUGUCUGACCGCUUGCAGUUCAGGUCCUCUUCAGGCUACUUGCCAUCACUGAAGAAGAGACGUACUGAGACUGUGCCUCGUGCUGUUGGGAAAAGGACUCCUAGAAUUCCUAUCUCAUAUACCCCUGAGAAGGAUACUAGGGAAAGAUAUUUAUCACCUGUUAAGAGGUGUCAUAAUCAGAAGGGGGAUGAUACUGAUGAUGAUAUGGAACAUGAGAUUGCAUUAGCAUUGACUGAGGCUUCACAACGAGGUGGUUCUACCAAAAACUCCCACACACCAAAUAGAAAAGCAAAGAUCUACCCCCCUGAUAAGCAGGGUGAAAGAAUGCGUGCCGAUAUCGACAUGGCCAUUGCCAAGCUUCGUGCCACUGAGAUGGAAGAUGCCCGCUGUGAACCAAGCUUGGGAAGCACUGAAGCUGAUAAUUCAGGAGGUAGAAAUGAGAUGACGCCUGGAGAAGGUUCUAGUGCCAUGGAUAAAGGAAAAAAAUACUAUAGGAGGAGACUAGGCAUUAAAGAAGAUGAUGUAAAAGAAGCCGGCAGUGGUACAGAUGAAGCACAAAGCUUAGGCACCCUCGAUGAGAAAUUUGAACCAGAAGUGGAUGGGAAGCCUUUAAAAUUCACAUAUAGAAGUUCAAGGAGAAAAAGUAAAAAAAGUCUCUUUACAGCAGAUGAAGACGCGGCAUGUGAUGCUCUCCAGACGCUGGCAGAUCUAUCGCUGAUGAUGCCUGAAACUGCCACGGACACUGAGUCAUCUGUUCAAGCUGAGGAAAAGAGAGCUGGAAAAGCGUAUGUAUCAGAUUAUAAAGGGACUGAUGCAGCAGCCAUAUCUAAAAGGGGUUCCCUUCGAAACCCCAAACAGAGGAGAUCCGUCAGCAAUGAUAUUUGUGAUAAUGAAGCCGAGAGAAAGAGUCCAAGUAGCUCUGUAAUCCGAAAGGGACGGCUGAAGACAUCACCAGCUAAAGUUCCUAAAGAUGAGCUUGCUGCAAUUUCAGAAGUCAUUGAGCCUCCUAAAAACAAGGGAAUAGGUGAGGGAAAUAAGCCUGUUGGGAGAGGUAAACGGUCCACAAGUACUCGAAACACACACGAAAAGAAGUCUCUCAAACCCCCGGAUCAUACUUCUUCAAGUAACAACAUAGUAGAAGAAGAUGAGUCAGCUCCACCAACUACAGUCACAAAGAAACAAGUUAACUUGACAACUAAAGUUAGGAGCAGAAGAAAGAUAGUAACUGAGAAACCUCUAACUAUUGAUGACGUGAAGAGUUCUGAGAUUCUGGAGAAGUUUUCGCAUUGCAUAUCUAGUUUCCGAGCACGAAGAUGGUGUUUUUUUGAGUGGUUUUACAGUGCAAUUGACUACCCAUGGUUUGCCAGACAAGAGUUUGUUGAGUACUUGGAUCAUGUAGGGUUGGGUCAUGUUCCUAGGUUAACUCGCGUUGAAUGGGGUGUCAUAAGGAGUUCUCUUGGGAAACCGAGGCGUUUUUCUGCACAGUUUCUGAAGGAGGAAAAAGAAAAGCUAUACCUAUACAGGGAUUCUGUACGAAAACAUUAUGAUGAACUAAACACGGGCACGAGGGAAGGACUUCCGAUGGAUCUGGCUCGGCCUCUAAAUGUUUCACAGAGAGUCAUUUCCGUGCAUCCAAUGUCCAGAGAGUCUCAUGACGGCAGUGUCCUAACUGUUGAUCACUGUAGGUACCGGAUUCAAUUUGACCACCCUGAACUAGGGGUGGAAUUUGUUAAGGAUACCGAAUGCAUGCCACUGAAUCCUUUAGAAAACAUGCCAGCAUCACUUGCAAGGCACUAUGCUCUCUCGACUUAUGACAUUCAGAAUCCCAGUGAGGAGAAAAUGCACGACCGGGUACAGGAAAACAUGCCGGAAGGAUACCUAAAACUUUCGUGCGACACAGGCCAUCCCUUAAACUCGCCAAUCUAUAACGUUAGCAAUUCACUAAAGGAGGAAAAGGUAGAUAUCUCAAGUUCGGAUCCACAAGCUCAACAUGUAGUGGAUGGGGCCCUUGAUUUACAAAUGUAUAAUUCUCAGCCUUCAAGUAUUGGACAUAUCCAUGCAAGAGAAGCUGAUGUCCAAGCUCUUUCUGAACUAACACGUGCGCUUGACAAGAAGGAGCUAGUUUUGAGGGAGCUAAAGUGCAUGAACAAUGAGGUUGUGGAAAGUCAAAAAGAUGGACAUCAUGCCCUAAAGGAUUCUGAAUCUUUUAAGAAACAAUAUGCAGCUGUUCUCUUUCAGCUAAGCGAAAUCAAUGAGCAGGUUUCAUUAGCACUUCUUGGCUUGAGGCAACGGAAUACUUACCAGGAAAAUGUACCAUAUACUUCAAUAAGACGCAUGAGCAAAUCAGGGGAACCUGAUGGUCAGUUGACGGACUUAGACAAUAAUGCAUCUGAUACUAAUGGGUUCCAUGUGUCUGAGAUUGUUGACAGUUCCAGAAUAAAAGCACGGAAAAUGGUGUACAGGGCUGUACAGGCAUUGGCGUUACUAAGGAAAGAUGAAAACAAUGGUGUAAAUAUUGAAGAAGCCAUUGAUUUUGUUAAUAAUCAGCUUUCAGUAGAUCAAACAGAAGGGUCAUCAGUCCAGCAAACGCAAGCUGCUCAGGAUCAGCGUCUUCCCUCUACACCAAAUCCGCCUAGCUCAACUCAUGCCGAUACAUCCGACGCAAACCCACCAGAACAAAAGGAGCUGCAAAUUCCGUCUGAACUUGUUUCACGCUGUAUGGCUACAUUGCUCAUGAUUCAGAGAUGUACAGAGAGGCAAUUCCCACCAAGUGAAGUGGCCCAGGUUCUAGACUCGGCAGUGGCCAGUUUACAGCCUUGCUGCUCCCAGAACCUUCCUAUUUAUACAGAGAUUCAGAAGUGCAUGGGAAUCAUCAGAAACCAGAUUUUAGCCCUCGUACCCUCCUAAAGUAAGAAUCCUAAAACCAAGACUUAACCCUCUCUCUCUCUUGUCUCUUCAUGAUGCUUGUUUCUCUUGUAAAAUCCAUUCUUCUUAUAGAAAAAUCUCUUUAUAUAUA